UCCACUCAGAUAGGAGGGGAAGCUGAGGAGGUUAAGACUGUGACAGAGGAGGAGGACAAGAGAGGAGGGCAACGGUCAGGUCAAGGUAGAAAACAGGAGCAGAAGAAAAGAAGGGAGAAAAAGAGUCUGACUGAAACUGGAGGAGGAAGAGAAGAAGAAGACGAGGAGGAGAGCACGGUGUGGAGUUUAGAAAAAAGACAGGAGGAGGAAGACUGUUGCAAUGUGACUGUGAAGGAGGAGAGACAGGACAGCUGAUGUGACUUCGGAGUAAAACCAAAGUAACCUCGUGGAGAAGAAGAAGAAGAAGAAGAAGAAGAGGAGGAGAAGAGGGAGCAUCAGAUGAUCAUUUGCAGUGUCGCUUUGUUGUGUUUGAGGAGCAGAUCUGAUCUGGAUGAUGGGCUGCUGUCUGUUUGUUUACUAUCGGAAGAAGAGGAAGCAGGCCAGCAGAGAUGCAGACUCCCUCAGCCUCUGCAGUCUGGACAUCAAUGAGCCGAGCACAAAGCGCAGUAAACUUGUAUCCAGGGUGACGUCUCUCGCCAACCUGCUGCCGCCGGUCAAGACAGUACCACUGAAGAGGAUUGGUCAGACGCUACAGCGCUCCAUCAGCUUUCGUAAUGAAACUCAGACGGAGAGAACCGCCGCUCAUCCUCCCCCCUCAUCGUCGACACUAAAGUCACGCACUUUCCCAGCGACGGUCUCCAACUCGUGCUCUUCCAUGACUCAGACACGGGUAUCAUCAGCAUCAGCUCAAACCUCAAAGCGCCGGGACAGCAAACUCUGGAGUGAGACGUUCGACGUCCACCUUGGAGCGACACAACCUUUGAGCCCGAAGGAGAUUAAACGACAAGAG